AUGGAGCUCUAUGACCAUGAUUUCUUGGAGGAGUUACUGGCUCUAAGAAGAGAAACAUGGGACACCAAUCCAAGUUCAGAAGAAAACCAGCACUUCUCUAAUGGGUGGAGUUUUGACUGUUUAGAUCAAAACUCUCAUGCUUUUCUUCCAAAUUCUUCCACUUGCCAAGAAGUUCCUCAAAGUUAUAACAACGACUACUCUUUCAAUGAAAUCUAUAGUUCCUUACUCGAUGAAUCCUAUGCAGCACAGUUUACUGAUUCUUCCUAUAACACUCUUCAUACUCCUCUUAAUACCCCUCCAUUUCUAGCUCAAGAAGAUAACCCAUUGUCCAUGAUGGAAGACGAGGAUCCUGGUUUGCUUGGGGAAGAGCUUCAUAAUUUGAACCUUCAAACCACAUGCAAAAUGGAGCCUAGCCAAUCCCCUGAAAUAAUGCCUGCUUUCAACAAGGGUAAGUGUCUUGAAAGAAGGAAUAGAGCAAAGAAGCUGCAGGGGCAACCCUCCAAGAAUCUAAUGGCUGAGAGAAGAAGAAGAAAGAGAUUGAACGACAGGCUCUCCAUGCUAAGAUCAAUUGUCCCUAAGAUAAGUAAGAUGGACAGAACAUCUAUACUAGGAGACACUAUCGAUUACAUGAAAGAACUCUUGGGGAAGAUCAAUAAUUUGAAACAAGAAAUAGAAGUAGAUUCAAACAUGGCUGGCAUUUUCAAUGAUUUAAAGCCAAACGAAAUCUUAAUGAGAAAUUCUCCUAAGUUUGAUGUGGAGAGAAGGAAUGUCAACACAAGGGUUGAGAUCUGCUGUUCAGGGAAGCCAGGCUUGUUGCUAUCUACAGUAAAGACCUUGGAAGCAUUAGGCAUUGAGAUCCAACAUUGUGUUGUUAGCUGUUUCAAUGAUUUCACAAUGCAGGCUUCUUGCUCAGAGGAUUUGGAGCAGAAGACAAUUCUGAGUUCUGAAGAUAUAAAACAAGCACUAUUUAGAAGCGCAGGAUAUGCAGGAAGAUGUUUGUGA